AUGCCCAUCACACUUAAUCCCUCCAACCCAAACUUCACUCACGACUUUGCCGCGGACAUCAUUCGAUUAUCGCCUGGUCUAUCCGUCACUAUCAUGAAUUUCAAUGUAUUCGCCGAAUUCUACGAAAUGCUACACCGGAUCUUCCUCUUCAUAACAUCCCUUCUUCCACUCGACCUUCGAUGUCCCGACAGCCCGACCAGCCAGAGGGAGUCGACUCCGAAGACGUCUCUGGGAGAACGUCUUCGGAACGCCCGAUGGAAGAAGAAGAGGAACAACCCCGUCAGCAUGCAUACCCCCCACGACCACCCCCAGCGGUCAUUCGGGACCCUGGAAACCCAUGGGCAACAGGGUUCCGACGACCUAGGUCCAAUGUCACCGUCCCAUCCCCCCAGCACAGUACCCGAGCACCAAGGACAACAACCUCAGUCUCUGGCACCAGCAUCGGGCACCGUGCCAGAGACUCCCUGGACAGCUCACAGAUGGCUCAUGGGACCAGUACUAGGACACGGGGAUCCCAUCAUACAGCGUCAGCAGCAUGACUGGUGGCAUGCCGCCAUUCAAAUCCAUGUCGACAAUGAGAUCUACAGGGAGAAUGACCUCUUCGGGAGGUAUCUCCGAGCACGAGAGGAAGAGCAGCAAAGGAGAGAGGCUGGAAGUACCGACAGCGGCACCUUGGUCAACACCAGCACUCUCGACUCCCCAUUCCAACAGCCCACCCCUUCCUCCACCAAGUCUGACCCAUGGGUGGGACCCGCUGACAGAGUCAUCUAUAGCGACAAUGUCCCCAGACAAGAAGAGCUCGAUGCCGACGAGCUCGAUGACGGCUGCCCACUAUCAUAUGGAACGGAUACUAUCGCAGACACCGACAGCAUCCCAUAUCAAGGAAACGGAAUAUCGGCGGAUCGGGGAUCGAUUGAAGGGGACAGCCAGCACAUCGACUCCACAGGAGACCUUAAACGGUUUCUUGAUGGACCAGUGGCCGCCCUCUUCCUUCAACCCCGAUUUUACAGGAAUUUCCGUCGAUAUAGCUGA